AUGCCAGCUACACAGACUUGCUACGGAUUCGAAAGAGGAAAAAAGACCAUCCAGCGUUGGGAUAAUUGCCCCGUUCCCACGCCAGGACCCAAUGAGGUUUUGCUCAAGAUCACAGCUGCCGGAAUCUGCCACUCCGAUCUCCAUAUCCUUUUGGCUCAGUCUCCUCCGAUGGACCGUAUGGUGAUGGGCCACGAGGUCUGUGGCACUAUCGCCGAAGUGGGGCUGGCUCUCCAGGACCUGGGUUUCGAGAUCGGCGCCAGAUACGCCUUGUUGAUCGGAAUGGCUUGUGGUAUGUGCCCUAACUGUCGUAAUGGUAAGGACAACCAGUGUCCCAACGCUACUGGUGGCUACGGUAUCAUGAGUGACGGUGGCUUCCAGGAGUACCUUAUCAUCAAGCAAUUGCGCUGUUUGCUCCCGAUCCCAGAUAACGUGUCCUUCGCUCAGGCUGCCCUGGCCUCGGAUGCCAUUUUGACUCCUUUCCACGCCAUCAAGAAGGUUCGCCAUGUGCUCACCCCUACUGCUAAGGUGUUGGUAUUUGGUGCCGGCGGAUUGGGUCUUAAUGCCCUCCAGGUCUUGAGAAACUACGGCUGCCACAUUGUGUGUGUCGACAAGAAGGCCUCGAGUGAAAAACUCGCCUUGGACUCGGGUGCUCACGAGUUCUACACGGAUACUGAGGAAUUGGGUGGUGUUGAGACCUUUGAUGUCUGUUUCGACUUUGUCGGAUACCAGGCUACCGCAGCUGAGUGUGCCGAGUAUGUCGGCAGGUAUGGACACAUUGUCGUGGUGGGCAUGGGUAACUCGAAGUUGAUGUUGCCUAACUACGAUCUCUCGAGGCGUGACGUGACAAUUCACUACAACUUCGGAGGCACGUCUGCCGAGCAGUUGGAGAUCUUUGACUGGAUCUCGCGGGGAUUGUUGAACCCUGUUGUCAAGGAGGCUCCUAUGGAGGAGUUACCUCAAUGGAUGGAAAAAUUGGAGCGUGGAGAAGUGGUUGGAAGAGUGGUAUUGGUGCCCCCUCAGAAACAGAAGUUGUAA